AACAUGAUCCCAAGGGAGCCCAUCCAGGGGGAGGGAAAUUGUAGUGAGCCAUCGAGCUUUCCAGCGGUAUACCUCUUAAAGAAAACGAAACAAGAUGGAGAACGAAGAGGCUCUAGCGUUCUUUAAAAAGUGCAUGGUUGACGAUCCGGGCAUGUCGACGGCUGUAGCCGCUAUACAAACGCUGCUGGAAUUCAUGAAUCAAAAUGGGGCUGAAACAUUGUCUGAGCUGAGGGAGAAUCUGAAAGAAGUGAUUGAAGUGCUAACCAGAACAGAAGGUUCUGUUACUUCAAUAUCAUCUGGUUGUGAACUGUUUCUCAGAUUUAUAACACUUGCCUCUCUGGACAACCCAGACUUUCAAGAAUGCAAGAGAGUGCUGGUUGAGAGAGGGCAGUUGUACCUCAAGAGAGCAGCCUCAGCCAGACAGAAAAUUGCCAAACUUUGUGACUCAUUUAUUAAGGAUGGAGCAGUAAGUAUAACUUACUUUGUCUUGGUUUUAAAUGUUAUUNUUAGAGUUUUAACAUUGUUAGUCUUUUAUUGA